UUUAAGGGUAUUUUGUGAGAGUUGCUGCAAGGAUGAAGCCACUUUUUGUUGGGAACUUUGAGUAUGAAACUCGCCAGUCUGAAUUGGAGCGCCUGUUCUCGAAGUAUGGAAGGGUUGACCGCGUGGACAUGAAAUCUGGAACUUCUACUAAGGGAAAUUGAGCUUCUAUCUCGGACAUAAUUCUCUCUGCAAAAAACUUCCAUUGGAUUGGAAACUUCCCUGCCUACUCUUCUCGCACUCACAGAUGGCAUCUUCCUGCAUUUUCUUCACGCCAUCAUCUGUCACUUAGCCACCCCUCUGCCUAAUGUUGCCAUUCACAAAAUGGUUGUGUGGGAUGAAUCAAUAUAUCAUGCCAUUGCCAUGCGUACCACCACUGAUGAUAGGGGAUAUUGAAAUCUGUGAUCUGUCAUGUCAUGCCUUCCAUUACUGAACUCGUGCUCUCUGAAUGGUGAUGCAUGCUUACCAAUGACAUCUCAGACCUGAAACCUUGGAUUUUAAUCUUUAGUAUGCCACCAUCUUGAUUUAGCUCAUCAUGCAAGGCCUCUGCAUCUAUGUGCAUCAGCCCAUCACAUCUCCUGUUUUCAGGUUUUGUAUACUUUAAAUUAUGGGCUUUGCGUUUGUCUACUUCGAGGAUGAGCGUGAUGCUGCAGGUGCCAUUCGCAGACUUGACAACAUUCCAUUUGGUUAUGACAAGCGUAGGCUGUCAGUCGAGUGGGCCAGGGGAGAACGGGGCCGACAUCGUGAUGGGUCAAGGCCAAUGUCGAAUCAGAGGCCUACGAAAACCUUGUUUGUGAUCAACUUUGAUCCAAUUCGCACGAGGGUUGAUGAUAUAGAAAGACACUUUGAAUCACACGGAAGGCUUGCAAGUGUACGGAUUAGGCGAAAUUUCGCAUUUGUUCAGUUUGAAACACAGGAGGAUGCCACCAAAGCCCUUGAAUGUACUCAUAUGACCAAAAUAUUGGAUAGGGUUGUCUCGGUUGAGUAUGCUCUGAGGGAUGAUGGUGAGAGGGGAGAUAGAUAUGAUAGCCCCAGGAGAGGUGGCUAUGGUAGGCGUGGGGAUAGUCCUUAUGGGAGAUCCACAAGUCCUGUAAAUCGUAAGCGAAGAAGUCCUGAUUAUGGUCGAGCUCGCAGUCCUGUUUAUGAUCGGUACAAUGGCCCAGCAUAUGACAGGCACAGAAGUCCAGAGUAUGGCAGAUUCCGCAGCCGAUCCCCAAUUAGGUGAUCUAGGACAUGACGAGUCUUUUCGUGAAGGGAGAAGGAAAAGGCAUUUAAAUUCAUACUUGCCCUCAUCCGGUAUUAUGCUAUAGAUUUAUCCUAGAAUGUAGAAAAUAGUUGGAUUAAUAGUCUUAGGUAUCUUCUGUGUGUAAUCUACAGAUGCUUGUGGUCUGAAUGCUGUGAUCAACUUUAGUCUCUUCAUUUGGUUUGUGUUUUAAUGAAAACUAAACUAUGCAUACUGGGUCCUUCUGUUAGAUUGUGCUGGUAUAUUAACUCUACAUGAGGUUCUGGCGUGCCA